GCGCCUGCGUCGUGGCCCUCGCUGAGGUUCGCGGCUUGGCCGGGAGGAGCCAUUCCUGGUGGACCUACUGGCGUCGGUCGUUCUGGCCUGACUCGUCCCUUGGGGGUCUCUUGUCUCCCCUUUACCAGAGGAAAAGCUAGAGGAAGAAGCCGACAUAAGCAAGGCGACAUCCCGGGGCAUCCCCGGCCCUGCCAGGGCGGGCAGUUCAAAUUAAGGAAAACCUGCAUUCUGUUUCUUCUGCGAGCAGCAUCUAAUUUUUCAAGAAGUAAACCAUGCAGCCCCCGCCGCAGGCAGCGCCAUCAGGAGUGGUCGGACCACCCCCAGCGGGCAACCCUCAGAGCCUGUUUUGGUCUAACAGCCCCUACAGAAGACGGGUGAACGGCAGCGCACCUGUGGCUCCCAUGACUUGCCCAUUGCAGCCGGUAACGGAUCCGUUUGCUUUCAGCAGGCAGGCGCUCCAGAAUACAUCACUGGGCGGCUUAUCCAAAAGCAGCCCACCCAUUAUGCAAGGCCCAUCCCCGCCGGCGUUUUCUCAGUGUCCUGGUCCACCUGCGCCUCUCACAGAAGCCAGGGGUCACCCUCAAGGACCACACGAGCCUUUGCCGAGACCGUUUUCACAGCCCAGAGCAGAUGCCAGUCCGCCUGGGCCUUUGAUGACCAGGAGCCCAGGCACAGGUCCCAGCUCCGAGCCAGCAGUACAGACUGCGCCACAUCCUGCUCAGUAUACCCCAGGGCUGGGCCCUGACGGUUCCCAUGGGGGUCAUCCUCAGGGGGGUGCACCUGGGCCUGACAGACCCCUUCAGAGGCAGAACCCACCCGACAGCACUGCAACUCCAGCGGCCCCCUCGUUCUUCCCUCCACAUCAUCAGCAAUUGCCAGACCCAUGGGGGCCGGUUCAGGGAAGUCCACAGCCCCUAGGCCAGCAGUACCCACCCUCCCCGGAAGGGCCCGUUCAAAACGCGGUGCCUCAGGUGCCCGGCAUUGCUUACUUUUCCCUUCAGUCUGCUGGGCAUCAGGCCCCUGUCCAUGAGCAGCACAACUCCCUCGGUUCUUUACCAGGACCCUGGGCCGGUGAUGAGAGAAGCGAGGAGGCUGACCUGCAGAGUGGAAACCACUCAGCAAAGAGCUUCGAUCCCUACAGCGCGUUCGGGCAGAGUCCCACAGUUGGGAACCUGUGGGCAGGCCCAGAGUUUAGGCAGAAUCCAGGGGAGAAUAGGGUGCACCUGUCAGAGCCUGUUCCCACAGAUGCUCUGGCUCAGGGAAAUGGCCCAGAAAACCAUUCGCACUACCCUCAGGGGGCCGGGGUCAGCCGCGCCCAGCCAGCAGCAGGUUCGGGAGCACUCUCGGUGUUUUUCCAAGGCGGGGAGACAGAAAAUGAGGAGAAUCUUCCUGCAGAAAAAACAGGCUUGGUCGGUAAACCUGACUUUGAUGGCUUCUCACACAACCCUGGACUUGGCCGUCCCCUGGGAGCAGGUGGCAUUUACCAGGCCUUUCUUAAAGGAUCCAACAGCGAGACCAUGCAGCAGGGAGGAGACUUGCCGCCAUAUUUUCCUCCUCCUGCAGACAGCCACCAUGAUAAACAAGCCCCUAAAAACGCUGCUGUUGAUAUGUGGGGGGACACGGCAAGUGCAGGGGUGCCUUGCACCAUUGGACUACACUGUGAGAACGUGGAGAACUUAGAGUUCCUUCAGAACCAGGAAGUUCUGCCAAGUGAGCCCCUGGGUUUGAACCCUUUCUCCCUGAGUGAGCCGUUCAGAUCUGGGCCACUGCCUGGACCAGCCGUUGCCAAGCAUGAUGCCGGGGGCCUUACUGGUGGGGGCAGCCCAAAUCUUGAGGCCCCCGACACAGUGCCGCAUCCCGUGCGGUCUGAUAGUGUGUCAUCCGGCUACAGCAGCAAAAGCCACAGAGGUCUUCCCAGUUCAACCAGACCCCAAGAAUUGCCAGGCACGUUUAUUCAGCAAGAAGCCGGAAAACCCGAAGAGACUUCAGGUAGUUUUUAUAAGCAGAUCGAUUCUUCUCCCGUGGGAGGUGAGACUGAUGACACCAUGGCGAGCCCAAAUUACUGCAACAGUCAGUCCCAGCCCUCGACACCAAGUCCUCCGAAACCUACCGGAAUAUUCCAGACAAGUGCAAAUAGUUCUUUUGAACCAGUGAAAUCCCACCUAGUUGGGGUAAAACCAGUUGAGGCAGAUCGUGCCAACAUGGUGGGUGAAGUGAGGGGGACCCGUGCCUGCCAGAAGAAGCAAAAACCACCUGCCGCGCCGCCCGACACCUGCCCUGGUAACCUGGAACAGCCACCAGACAACAUGGAGACCCUCUUCACGCCCCAGGGGUGCCCUCUGCCGCCUACCACAGCUCUGCACACAGGGGGCCUGCCUUUGGAAACUGUGCUUCUGGCUCCUGAGAAAAGGUCCUCUGCCCGGGCCCAGGGAGCUGUGAAGUGUGAGAGCCCAGCCACGACUCUGUGGGCGCAGAACGAGCUGCCCGAUUUUGGAGGCAAUGUCCUUCUCGCCCCAGCUGCUCCUGCACUUUAUGUACCUGUGAAACCUCAGCCCUCAGAAGUGAUUCAGCCUCCAGAAGAGGGCAUGGCCAGUCGCCAGUCGCCUAAGCCAAGCUCCACUCCCCCUCUCCAGAACCGAGAUGGUCCCGGUGCUUCGGAAAACCUCGAGAAUCCUCCCAAGAUGGGAGAAGAGGAGGCCUUUCAAUCUCAGGCAAGUUCUGGUUACGCCAGUUUAUUAUCCUCACCGCCCACUGAGUCUUUGCAGAAUCAACCGGUCCUGAUUGCCCAGCCUGAUCAGAGCUACAAUUUGGCUCAGCCCAUUAAUGUUUCCAUGUCUUUACCGAAUCAUAGCGAGAAGAGUCGGUCCUGGAAAGAAGCUCUGGUCGGGGAUAAAGCUGCACCAAGCGGUUGGGCGCUCUGUGGGGAUUCUGCAGAGAAGGUUCUCUUGUCUGGGAUUCCGGCCGGCUCACUCCUCAGUGCGCCUUUGCCUCAGUCUCUUGUCCAAAGUAGUUUUCCCCAAGCUUCUGGUACUCCUGAAAUGGUUUCUAAUCAGCCUGCCAAUUUGCUGGUCCAGCCGCCAUCUCACCCAGUUCCUACGAACUUGGUGCCCAGAAGUCAGCAGAGUCAGAAUGCAGAGAACGUUCUCCCUGAGUUUGUUCCUAGCCCUGCUGGAGGCACAGGUGUGCUGUUAGUACCUCCUGCGAACAGCACCUUGGUACCCGACGAGAAGGCAGACCACGCCAGCGCUCAGGAAGACGUUCCUGGAGCCCUAGACUUCACGUUAAAUCGGACUUGGGAGAAUCCUGUGAGCAUGUGUAGUCCAUCCCAUUCUGAUGGCCCAGCCGCUGCUCAGCAGACUGUUGCUGGUCAGCCCAGACCCCCCGGGCCUGGGGUGCGUGACCCAGGCCAUUUCUACCAACAGGUGAUGCAAGACACACAGGAGCAAAAGGAACUCGAAGGAGCCCAGCGAGAAGCAGGGCCUCCUCAGCAACGGACCUCUUCCCCACAAGCGCCCAAAGCUGUGUUUCCAGAAUCUUCCAGUCCAGGAGGCCCUCCAGCACAAGGGCAGCCACGGACCCCCCUGGCCCAGCAGCCAGCAAGUCCAGGCCCGGCCGACACUGGUCAGCAGCUGCUGCCUCGGCCACCUCGGUCGUCCAGCGCGUCGGUUGUGUCCUCCAGCUCGAGCCAGGCUGCCGGGCGGUCAGAGCAGCCGUGGCAGCACCUGACGCCUCCGAGCAUGUUGGGCCCGCCACCCCAGGACUUGUCCUACUAUUACUACAGACCCCUCUACGACGCGUACCAGCCUCCGUACCCCUCAGUGUACCUGCCGGAUCCAGGGGUGGCUUCCUUCUACUACCAGCAGGACACCUAUGGGCUGUACGAGCCCCGGUAUAGGCACUACGACGAUCCUGCGCCCGCCUACACCGAGAGCUACCGCUAUCCCGAGCCGGAGCGGCCCAGCUCCCGAGCCAGCCACAGCUCAGACCGCCCACCUCCCAGGCACGGGUUUCCUGAAGGAUAUUAUAAUGGCAAAGGCGGAUGGAGCAGUCAGAGCGAUUACUAUGCAAAUUAUUACUCCAGCCAGUACGAUUAUGGAGAUCCAGGUCGCUGGGAUCGUUACCACUAUGGUUCUAGAUUCAGGGACCCCCACGGCUGUGACCUGACAUACUGGUACAGUGCAGAAGACGAUGCGUACAGGAGGGAGCUCCGUGCUUAUGGCAACAGACCCGAGAGAGAUGAGGGCCUCUGGAGGUAUGACCCUCGCGUCACCAGGAGCUUCGACGACGACCCUGAGCCUCCCAGGGACCCCUACGGGGAGGAGGGGGACAGGCGCAGCGUCCACAGCGAGCACUCGGCCCACAGCCUGCGCAGCACCCGCAGCCUGCAGAGCCGCCGCAGCAGCUUCAGCUCCCACUCCCACCAGAGUCAGAUUUACAGGCGCCACGCCGGGCCCACCAGCUCCUAUGAUGCCCCGGCCCCCCCGGGCUCCUUCCAUGGCGACUACCCCUACAGCACCUAUGGCAGCACCUUCGCCGCGGUCCAGGACUUCCCGGAGUGCGGCUACCCCCCCGAUGCCGGCUGGCCCAGCGUGGAGCAAGUUCCGUCAAGACCAACUUCUCCUGAAAAGUUCUCAGCGCCUCACAUCUGCGCCAGGUUUGGUCCUGGCGGGCAGCUCAUCAAGGUGAUUCCAAACCUGCCUUCGGAAGGUCAGCCUGCCCUGGUUGAGGUCCACAGCAUGGAGACCUUGCUGCAGCACACAGCUGAGCAGGAGGAGAUGCGGGCGUUCCCGGGACCUCUCGGCAAAGAUGACACCCAUAAAGUGGAUGUUAUUAAUUUUGCACAGAACAAAGCUACAAAAUGUUUCCAGAAUGAAAAUUUAAUUGACAAAGAGUCUGCAAGUCUUCUUUGGAAUUUUAUUGUUCUCUUGUGCAGACAGAAUGGGACUGUGGUGGGAACGGACAUUGCAGAGCUUUUGUUACGAGACCACAAAACGGUGUGGCUUCCUGGAAAAUCCCCCAAUGAGGCCAACCUGAUAGACUUCACUAGUGAGGCCGUGGGGCAGGCACCAGAGGAGGAGCCCGGCGAGGCCCAGCUCUCCUUCCUCACCAACACCCAGACCUCUGCCACUAGCAGCCUCGAAAAGGAGACUGAGCGGUUCCGAGAGCUGCUGCUCUACGGCCGCAAGAAGGAUGCUCUCGAGUCUGCAAUGAAAAACGGCUUAUGGGGUCACGCCCUGUUACUCGCGAGUAAGAUGGACAGCCGGACACAUGCACGAGUUAUGACCAGGUUCGCCAACAGUCUGCCCAUUAAUGACCCUUUACAGACGGUCUACCAGCUCAUGUCUGGGCGGAUGCCUGCUGCUUCCACGUGUUGCGGAGAUGAGAAGUGGGGAGAUUGGAGGCCUCAUCUUGCCAUGGUUUUGUCCAACUUGAACAGUAACGUGGAUGUCGAGUCCAGGACGAUUGCCACGAUGGGGGACACCCUGGCCUCAAAAGGCCUCCUGGAUGCCGCCCACUUCUGCUACCUCAUGGCCCAGGUUGGAUUUGGGGUUUAUACAAAGAAAACUUCGAAACUUGUCUUAAUUGGAUCAAGUCAUAGUUUGCCAUUUCUGAAGUUUGCGACCAAUGAAGCUAUCCAGAGGACAGAAGCGUAUGAGUACGCGCAGUCCCUCGGGGCCCAGACCUGCCCCUUGCCAAGCUUCCAGGUGUUCAAGUUCAUCUACUUGUGCCGACUGGCGGAGAUGGGGCUCGCCACCCAGGCUUUCCACUACUGUGAAGUCAUUGCCAAGAGCAUCCUCGCCCAGCCGCACAGCUUCUCCCCGGUGCUGAUCAGCCAGCUGAUUGAGGUAGCUUCCCAGUUGCGGCUCUUUGAUCCUCAGCUGAAGGAGAAGCCAGAAGAGGAGUCAUUUGUGGAGCCAGCUUGGCUGGUGCAGCUUCAGCAUGUGGAGAAGCAGAUCAAGGAGGGAGCUGUGGUUUGGCAUCAGGACGGAGCCUUUCCCCAGGAGUACCCCAGCACCCCGAGCUCUGAGGUGGAGCAGGACGAGGGCCUGGGGGCUGAGCACCCUCUGUUGGCAUUGUCCGUGCCAGAUGCAGAGCACACCAGCUGGAACGUGCAGCUGCUGCCUUCAGCUCCGCAGAUGCUCCCUGACAGCCAGCCAGCGAACCCUGCCAGGGUGCCCUUGUUCCCUGUGCUGCCGCCCCUGGGCCCCAGCGAGCCUGGGCCUGCCUGCAGACCCCCAGCGUCUGCCCUCGGCCUUCCAGAACCCUCCGGGCUUGAUCCUGCGGCUCUGCAUGUGAGCUCAGGCAUGCCAGUCGGCACACCUGCUCUCCACGAAGGCGGACACCUGCUCCUGGAGGCCAGGCAGCAGUACCCCGAAAUGCCCCCGGCCCCUGUCGCUCCGGGCCCAGCCGUCCUGAGGUUGCAGCCGCCCUUUUGUCCGCCCAUGGGGACAGCACCACCGGAUCCACUCGCCCAGAAUGAGCCCGCAGAGCCGCCAGGAGCCGGAGCCGCUGCUGCGCAGCCGGGCUCUGAGGUGCUUCCAGGAUGGGACUGUGCAGACCCUCCCUCGGCCUCCCCUGCCUCCACGCCUGAUGCGAAGAGGCCUGUGAAAGCUGCCGUCAAAAAGGAGCUCAAAGAACCCAAGAAGAGCAGCGAGUCCUGGUUCUCUCGUUGGCUUCCUGUGAAAAAGAGGACAGAAGCUUACUUGCCGGACGACAAGAACAAGUCGAUAGUUUGGGAUGAAAAGAAAAAUCAGUGGGUGAAUUUAAAUGAACCAGAAGAGGAGAAGAAGGUGCCACCCCCGCCUCCAGUGUCGCUUCCUGCGGCCCCUCACGCGGCGCCCCCUGGUCCUGGAGGCCCCCCCAGAGCCUCAGUGAACAUGUUUUCUAGAAAAGCAGCCGGAACCAGAGCUCGUUACGUGGAUGUUUUAAACCCAAGUGGCACCAAACGGAGUGACCCUGUUCUGGCUCCUGCAGAUCUUUUUGCCCCACUGGCCCCGCUCCCAAUUCCUUCCAACUUGUUUGUACCAAACCCAGAUGCAGAAGAGCCGCAGCCUGUGGAAGGGGCUGGCAUGGGAGGACGGGCACUGUCUGGGCGUCAGGUGCCUCCAGAGCCUGCCUCGGAGACCCAGAUUCUAAAUUCUGCACCGUUGCCUCCUGGCCCUGAACUCCCGCCCUCUGGUGUGGACAGAUCCCAAGGAGGAGAGCUUUCGCGCUGUAGUUCAAUGAGUUCAUUAUCACGUGAAGUCAGCCAGCAUUUUAACCAGGCUCCUGGCGAUCACCCCCCUGCGGGGGCAGUGUCCUUCUACCACCCAGCGCAGUUUGCACAGGCCUCCACCACCUUGGGGAGUUCAAGGACGGGGAGGAUGGCGCAGAGGAAAUACCCAGCCUUGACCUAGAGCCUUCCCUGGAGUGGACUCAAGUUCAGAAGCCCGAAAUUCCUCUUCUCCACCAGUAAUUCAGAUCGAUUGUGAGCUCUCUCCUGUCCUGAAAUGAACACAGCAGUAAUUCAAAGCUGAUCAUACUUUGCAUUUCCCUUCUCACUACUCAUCUUGAUAAAUUAUUGCCUAAAUGAAUCCCACGUGUCCUUUACAAUGCUGGAUGGAAAGAGUGAGUCUUUUACUCAGAAUCUUUUAUGUAAAAGAAUGACAAAGGGCAUGACGGUCUGUCUCCUCCCAGCGUGACCGAAGAAGGUGAUGUUCUUAGUGGUAUGAGGAGGCCGUUCGGGGGAAGUGGAGGGGUCUUGGCUCCAGGAGGGAAAAGCCUCUGGUAACUGGGUAUCUCCAAGCCUGACCUGAACAACUGCCAGAAUCGGUGGUUCUUUGAGGGGUUGCAUGCCAAGGGUGACUGCUCAGCGCAGGAGAGCGGACAUGUCCACCCGGGACCACCUGGGGCCAGAGGCAGUGCCUUGCCCUGGAGAGUGACUGGAGGCUCCGGAGUUCUCAAUUUGUGGAAACACAAGGUGGAUUUGGACGGCGAUUAAGUCAGGUUUGGAGGGAUCCCCAGUUAUUGAAGAGCUUUUGUCUCCUGGGUUUCCAGCUUCACUUCAUUUUCCAUGGCCUCUGAGGACCUGCAAGUGAUGUCAUGCCACCAUCAGGCCUGGCUUUGCCCACCCGGGAGGACGGCCCAGUCACCUAGAGUCACAAUAAAAUUUAGGUUCCAGUUGUGACUGGAAAGCUCAGAUUUGGAGGGGCCAUAGCUGAUCCAAAUUGAUCAACCAUUGUUAAACUGUGACUGUAAUAAACAUGAUUUGGGGUUUAUCUAGCAUGUAAGUUGUUUGGUUAGAUUCAUCAUAAAAAAAGUUGUAUGGAUCGACAUUCCUGAAAGAGACAAACCAUUACUCUCGUGAGUGGUUUUAUGUGCGAUCCAGUCCACUUGCUUUCUCUCACUGGUUGCUAGCAUUGAAGGAGUUGGUAAUAUCUUGAAGAAACUAGCUUAAAAUAAUUUCUUGACAGACUUUCUGGAAUCUUCUAGUUCUGCCCCUGAACUUUUUGCACACUCGGACUGAAGUAGCUGCCGGCCGCAUUACACUGCAGCAACAGACCUCCUUGUGCCAGACUUGAAAAGCUUUACGGCUUCCUCGACUGUUCUUCAAAUGUUCAACUUUCUUGUUAAUUGUAAAGAGACUGAUGAAAAGAAAAGACUUAAAUAUUUAUAAAAUCAGUAGGUAAUAACUUCUGUAGGUUCUUCUGGGGGAACAAACAGUUUGCUUGGUAUUUAAAAUUUAAAUGUAGAAAUUGUAUAAAUGAGGGAUUAGGACAGACCCUUCCCAUUUUUCUGGUUGACUCAGACUCCCUAGGAAACACUGCAGGGUGUUCUCCGCAGUGUCUCACAGAUGGUGUGGUGGUGUCCUUUGUCCCUGUCCACUCUGAGAAGGCCGGUCCAAGGCGGGGCAGCCCUUGGGCAGAGUGGGCUGUGGUGUCUCCUCCUCUGGGGCCGUGUGACUUCUUGGACCUGAAAACCUCUGGGCCCCACCCCGGCUUCCCCCAGCCAGCCCUGCUGAUCGUCCUCUGUGUCGACUGCCAACAACUUUUGAUUCGAGAAGCUUCCUCCCGGAGUGGGAGCUGUUAUUUUUCCUAAAUGCAAAUUGUUACACUGCAAAUUGUUAAAUAAAAUAUUUUGCGCUCUCAAGCCCUUUCA